AUGAGUGCCGAAAGUAUCGAAAAUGUCGAAGGGGAUGUUCUUUCGUUCCUAUUCUCGACCAGUUGCUCGGGCAGGGACAGGUUGCUCAGGGCUGGGACAGAUAGGAGGGUGGUCAAGAUUUUAUAUUCUCAGUUCUAUGUACCAACGGAAAUGGAUAAGCCGAACGCGAUGAAGGUGGUCGACUCACAGUUGAACAUACGCAUUUUGGGAUCCAGCCCAAUGGAGGUCCAGCCAUCAACCAAAACGCCUUUCGUACCGACUCGCUUCAUCUUUGAAGGCCAUGCUGAAGAAUGCUUCGCCCUGCAAACUGUCAUCAAGGGGAACGUAGUUGUGAUAGCUGAUCAACUUGAAACCCGCAUCCUGGAAGCGAGCAUGAAGGGCAUACUCUUGCGCGUCCUCCUGGUAUAUCUCCAGAAUCUCGAGGAAGCGGAGUCAUUAUUGCAACCCGUAUCCAAUCUUAGCAUCUACUCGAAUUGGAUUGUGAUUGGCUUAUUGGAUCGGGAAAAUUUGGCAACUCUGCUACUGAGAUGGGUGAACGCUCGUCUUCGCCUUCAAGAGUAG